CUGGACCUCCGCCAGGCCGCGCUCAGGGUGAGGCAGCCAUCGAAGUGCUGCUUCGCUCUGGAUCUGUCCACCAUGCAGUGGAGAAGACUGGCUGACAUGUCCCACGGCCGGCUGUUCCACGUCCUGGUAGAGUACCAGGGUAAAAUAUACGCCAUCGGUGGGUUAGGCGACCGCAACAGAGCGCUGUCGUCUGCCGAGUGCUACGAUCCGUCUGGUGGCCGGUGGAGGACGUUGAGCGGACGGCUGUGCUGCUCUCGCAUGGCAUCAGCCUCCGUGAUCCUGGGGUCAUGUCGCCUGGUGCUUGCGGGUGGCGCCAUGCAUCCUGUCAGGGACGACGGAAGCGCGUACCUCGUCGACGACGUGGUCGCGCUGAAGUUGCCGCAACUCACGCCCGAACACCUCGUCAGCGACCAACGCUUACCGAGGCUCCCAUCGGCUCGGCUGUCCUCCUCCAUGACGGUGCUGGCCAACGGCAGUCUGCUCGUCGUAGGGGGCGCCACGUACGGCUCCACGGGCUUUCGCAGCCUCGACGACGUGCUCCUGCUCAAGCAUCCUGGCGCCGACGUCACGUGGACCAAGCUGUGCCCGACGCCAUUCCGGGUUCACUCGGCACUGUUAGUUGCCAUCGGCACGGACGCGUAUGCCAUAGGCGGCUGUACGGACCACCAGGAAGGUGCCGGCACCCACGCGGACAUGCUGGUCAUGCGAGCAGGCUGCGCAGGGCACCAACACGAAGACCACGAGCUGUGCUGGGAGCCCUGGGGCACGCUGCCCGGCCGGUUGGUCGGCUUGGAAGCCGUGCUCUUCCGCGCCGAGGACGCCCGGCCCAGCGACCCGAGCGCCUGACGGCGGCCGGGAAGCGCGUUACGGGGGCGAUGGCGUAAUAUUGCGCGCGCACGGCGCGAGAUUCGUUCUUCGUAUAGAAAAGGAAAUAUACGCAUACAUUUCAAGUUUCAGAUGAGUCGGAGCGCUGUCUUACGUUUUCCAACGAAGCACUGGGGGCUCCUCUAUACGCGAAAAGCAUGAGUGUGCCGACGUUGGCCUUUGUAGACAAGAACAUCAUCAUGGUAUACUACUAAAUUUGAGCGAACGUUUACAUAACCAAUGAUGUAUGCAAAAUUGCGUUCAGCAAUGGGCAACGUUCUCGCUAUUUUCUACACGUCGUUGACCUUGAAAAAUACAUUUGUACAAGCUAGAUGACGUGUGUUUAUGACUUGCACAUGCCAGGAAAACUAAUUGCGAACGAAGUGCACUUUGGCAUGAAGAAUAAGGGUUAAGUACCUAAUGUAUUGACAUGUGAAUUAUCGUUAAAGUAUAGGUCUUAAAGGGACAUUAAGGGCAAAAUGAAGUAAAGCUAAAUUAUAGUGCUCGAGGAUAUCUAAGGCGUGAAUAUUAUCGCAAACAGCCGUAAAUGCAGGACAUGGUUAGCGACUCGCCCGGGACAUUCAAGUACUAGCCCAAUAACGAAGGCGAUCCUCAUUGUGAUUGUCACUAGUGCUCAUAUACGUUUCGCUGUAAGUUUUCGAGGUUGGACAGGGCCACUGAAAAACCGCUGUCGGCUUGCUGGCGUUCUUUCAGAACUGGCUGCUGGCGUUGCGGGUGUCCUUUUGAGGUGGCGCAUGCAGUUGUCAAGCGUUAUCCAAAGGGACAUAAUUUUGAGCUCGGUUUCAUGAUUACUGGGCGCUGUGCAACGGUGAACUGUCGUUGCGGGCUGACUUGGCUGCUGAGCCCGAGGAUGGGUUCUAUCCCAGCCGCGGCGGUCGCGUUUCGAUGGAGGCGAAGCGCAAGGUACCUGUACUGUGCGACGUCAGUGCACGUUAAAGAGGCCCAGGCGGUAGAAAUCAUUCCAGAGCCCUCCACUGACCCGUCCCUCAUAACCAAUGUGUUGCCUUCGCCACUUAUCCAAUGCCCCCAAGAUGUCACGAGCUGUGUUUGACGAUUUGAGGGGGCUGUGCAAUUAUUUUAUGCCCAAAUAAACUGUCCUAGUACAGC